AUGGUAAAACCGGCAGUUUUGCGUCAGUACGCCCCAGUGAUGGCCGAAAUCUUCAAAAUGCCUUCUCUUCUUGAUCUGACCGAAUCAAACCCUGAUAUUGACUGGCGACAAAUCCUCAGUACUCUUGCCUUACCAAAUUGGACUUACUACACUGAUGUUGCCCUUGGUAAGCAAGGUAAGCGAGCAUCACUCAAUCCCUGUUUAUCAAAUAACGAGUCAUCAGCCCCCAUUUGCGCCAUUGGCCCCGUUGGCUCUACUCCAGUCUCUUCCGUUACUUCUACCAGUAUUGAGGCAACGCCAGAGCAAAUUUGCACAGCAGUAUUGCCAGUAUCCAAACGACUUAGCAGCGCUUCUACUGGUCCACCAAGUGGACAGCGCAGUCUUCUCGCUUGUUUCCAAGACUCGGUUGGUAAUGAAAACACUUUGCCCAUGACCUACACCUCAGAGGCUCACGCCUUAGAAUUAGAGGACCUAAUUAUCUUGGAGCCUUCUAGCUCUUCCUCUGCGACCCAAGCUGUAUCCGUCGCUGGCACCACCUCGCCAGCCGAUCAAUUUCCAGAUUCCUCACGCAACAGUUUGACUCCCGGCUUGACCAGAAAGCGCAUCACUCUUGAAUGCUUCUUUACGCCAGCUACACCACAUUUGGCCAAACGCAGACGGGCCAGAUCUCAGAAUGAGGCAACAGAGAUAGAGGAGAAAGACAAGACAGAUAAUGUGAAUGAACCCUCUCCUUGUGUAGCUCUUGACUAUAUCGUCAUCGACUGA